AUGGCCGACAGCCCGCGCAGAAACGCACAGGCGAACCGACAAGCCCGCCGUCAGUCGCCGUAUGCGCGGCCAGCGCCACAGCCAGCGCAGUCGACCCCGUCCCGCCUGCGCAGCUUGCUGUCUUACGUGUCGCCGUUUCGGUCGGCGCGCAAGGGCAACGAGCGGGAGCCGACGCCGCCGCGCGAGGACGACGCAUCUGACGACGAGGCGGCUGUUAAGGACGAAGAAGGUGACUCGGCGGACGAGGCUGCGCACUUUGCUUUGCAUGGGAGUGUCCUGCCCCUGGCAGACGCGCCCGACCAGCACGCACCAGCCUCUCCUACCCCCGACACGCUCUCUGACCGAACGAGACAGGCCGGCGGCUCGUCAGGAACUCUGUCGGCCUCCAACUCGAUGCCCAACUUCGCCGCCCGCUCGCUCGCAACGCCGCGCUUCCCCGGCAACUACAGCCGCUCUCCCAGCUUUGCACACUUUGCAGAUGCGCAGUCGGCACGGACAGCGCACAGCGCCGUCGACAGCAUCUCGAGCACCGCGACGCACGAGCUCGCGCGAUUCUUCCAGGAAAAGGCAUCGCGUGGAGACGAGCACUUGACUGCUGUCGAACAGGCUGGCGUCUUGCAGCUCAUGCAACGAGCCCAAAACGUUCCGACCGCCUUCACCCCCAACUUCCACUCGACACAUGACGCAGCGCCCUCCUUCUCUCCCGGUCUAGCAGCUCCGCAGCAGCGAACCACCACAUCGUCUGCACUGCCGAAACGGCGACGGCCCGUCUACGUCGGCGCGGGCUAUUCGAGCCGGCGGCGAAAGACCUUGGCAGGGUUGUCAGGCAGCCAGAGCGAGUCGUCGCUUGCCAGCCUCGCUUCGGGCCCUGACGCGACGGAUGGGAAGCGCCGACGGACCGAGCGGGACGAGGAGGACGACAUCCCUGUUGCCAGCCUCGACGAUGUGCUCGCUUCUCCGGCACCUUCGAGUCGAGGCGCGAAAGCGGCUCUUCCGACACAGUCGGCACGUCCUGCCGUUCGCAACGAAUCGCGCGCUGCAGCGACGCCUGCCAAGCCGUCGCCGCUGUGGCAGGUCAGCCAGACCGAUGCCCCUACCCCCUCCCCGCCUCGCAACACCGCCUCUAUCAAGCCAUCCACCCGCGCAGCCGACAUGAUGCUCGACAUCAUCCGCCAGGAGGACGAGGCGCGCGCACCGCCUGCAAAGGUCGCCAUCCCAAAGGGCGCCAUCCUCAACCCGUACGACAGCGAGGAGAACUUGCUUUCCGUCACUGGACCGGCGAAGAAGAGCAAACCCGCGCCGAAGAAGGUCGUGAGCCCGAAGCUCAAAUCUCCCGCGCCUCAGCCGCGACAGGAGAAGCCGAAGCCUGCGCCUCCUGCGAUUUCUCCGCUCGAGCAGCUCGAGCGAACGAUGCCUGCCGAAUACCGCCGCGAGACUUCGAAGCCGUCCAAGCCCGCCAAAGCCGCAGAGCUGCCCAAACCCGCUUCGAAGCCUAAGGAGGUUCCGAAGAAGAAGCCGGCCGAGGUCCUCACGCUGUCCGACUCUGAAGACGAGGACGACGAGGAGGAGAAUGCGUCGAUGGAGGUUGAGCGGGAGGACGAGGGCGAGGAGGAGGAGGACGAGCUCGAGGAGGAGGAAGAGCAGCAGGAGGAAGAGGAGGAGGAACAGGGGGAGGAACUGCCGCCUCCGCCUUUCGCUGCGCCCAAGUCUUCCAAGACGAAGAAGUCGACGGCCGCGCCUCCCUCAGCCUUCAGGUUCAGCGCGUCGACCGCGUCUGUCACUUCGCCUUUCUCCUUCGGCCAGUCCGCGUCGUCCGCCGCACCUUCGAAGGCGCAGGCCGGAUUGACUUCGGCUUCGGCGCAGUCCCCGGCCCAACCCGCGUUCAGUUUCUCCCCCGCCACUCCCGCAGCGAACCCGUUCUCCGCGGCGCCCGCAGCCGGCUCCAGCACCUCACCCUUCACCUUCACUCCCGCGCCAUCGGCUGCUUCCGCACCAUCCGCUUCCACCGAGCCCUCUACGACCCCUCGAGACCCCAAAUCUGCCGCCCUCGCACUCUCGAAACCGGAACUCCCUCUCCUCCAGUUCGGCUUCGACGGCGUCUUCCCCUCGACGGGAUCGAAGGAAGAGGACAAGGCUCUGGCGGCGGUUAAGGAUAUUGUCAGGGGUAUGAGUAAGGCAGAGUUGCCGAGUUUUGCGUUCUGA